AUGUCCAAUACAGAUCACUACUUUUUGGCCUGUCAGCCUGUCAGCACCAUCAUAGACAACAUUGGCACUCAAGUGCGAAUCCAGCGUCGUGUUCGUACCCUUAUUUGCGAAAGCCCAUUGCCGAUCGAGCGCUUGUGUACAGUCAUUGAGAAAUACAAGAUCGAACAAAUCACAGCUCUCAUGUGGACGCUUCUCGAGUUGGCACGUAGCUCUGUGGUGGAUCGAUUUGACAUGUCCUCCUUGAAGUUUAUCUUGAGUGGUGGCCAACAUGUGCCUGACACUGUUCAAGAAACCAUCAAACAGCGCCUUGGCACCGACCUUGUCUCCAUCCAUGGUGGUACGGAAGCAUGGAUUGUAAGCAGCAGAUCGCUUGGUGAUGAAGUCCCCAAAGAAGGCAUGAAGCUUGAUGGUGGUGCCAAAUUCUUAGCGCGACUUCCCUUGACCAAAUCGGAAAAGUUAGAUCGUAUGCGCCUUAGAUUGCAAGCUGAAGUCGAGGUUGAAUAA